AUGGCAGAGACAGGCGUCCGUCUCACAACUGCGGGCCAUACAGCUGGUCCCCAGGCGAGUCUCCAGGGAGAUCCCCAGCGCACGACGCCCACUAUGAGUCCGGGCACGAAUACCGCCGCCAAUAGCACCGCUCCCACUAUAACCACCGCUGCCAUCACCAGCGCAACCACGACUACUGCAGCAACUAAUAUUAUUGCCACUGCAGCUGAUAAUGGUCCAGCCCGCGCGAGGCCUAUUACGCCUACACCUACGCCGCCUGCUGCCAGUGAGGCCAGCCAUGCCCAAGUCCAAAAUCAGGCUUCACCACAGCACAGCCAACUACACCAUCUUCACCACCGAUUAGGGUCUGGUCAUGACGACGCCGACGAAAACAGACACAAUAACCAUACUGCUACCAUUGCCAGCGUUCUGGAUCAACAGUCGGCUCCGUCGUCGAACAGCGCCACCAAUAACACCCCUGGCUCGUCUGAUCUGCCUAUCUCUCACAACGCUCCUACGUCGUCGUCUGGGCUGCCCCUAUUGCCCCAGUACCGCGUGGCUCCGCAAACAACAACUGUCUCACCCAAUUCGGUAGCGCCUGACCGCGACAGCCCCUCAACUGUCUCUCACCACCGCCAAACCAACGACACCGCACAAACACCAGAAGCGCCAGCACAGCAGCGGCAGCAGCAGCAAUCGUCUGCGACCGAAGUCAACCUGGACACACCGUCGGUGGACGCUCAUCUCGCGUCGCAUCCACAGCGUCGAGCUUCCGCUCCUCGCAGCUCUCUCGUUAUCAAUACCUUGGAUGGUCACCCGGCCCCCGUGAGGACUCAACGCGCACACGGAGCAGCCGAGGGCGGCACUUCCAGCAGUGCCGCCACCGUCCCGGACACACAGUCCUCAAGGGACUCGCUCCAGGGCCAGCGGGAGCUUCUUCUGGUCAAGUCGCUCUCGUCGCUUUCAAACCCUUCAGACGAGAGACGAGCGUCGAUUCUUCAGCAGCGACCGCCCGUCUCAUACAAGCCUCCGCCCAACGCCGCCUCGACGAAAGCUCCGUCCGCCUCGUCUUCGGUUUCCUCCACAUCCUCUUCUCCCGCUGUUCGGGUACCUCCCAUCCGCUCCUUCCGCUCCUCGGGCUCCCGCAAAAGCCUCACCCUCGAUAUGAACUACUACCGAUCCCGGCCCGGCGACUCCUCGGCCGACGAAACAAGCGACGACCCUGAAAAUGACAGAACUCUCCGCGCUCUUGAGGGGAGGCAGAUCCAAGACAUGUUGCAGAUGACCCCUCCUAGCUCUGCUAGACACGGCGACUUCAACGACGCUGAUGACGGCGGGGACGUAUUUCUCCGAAUUGCUAGGGAGGAAGACUCUCACCGAGCCGCCUCCACCGCCAACGGCAACAUGGCGGAUGAGACACAGAGUCCGGUGUCGCGAGUUUACCGCUCUCACCGCCGCCCACUCUCGACCAACGUUGCCACGUAUCAACCCAAGUCGCCGCCCUUUGUCGGUCGCCGCCUCUCAGACCAACGAGACAGCCCGAGGUCAAGGGUUGACGACAAACGUGCCAGCGAGAUCACCCGAUCCAUGACCCUGAGGGGCUUCUCACGUGAUCACCCCAAGGCCGCCUUUGCUCACCCUGGCGACGCCACUGCCAGUCCCCCGAGGUCCACGGCCCCGACAUCCCUACGGCCCUCCCCUCUAGCACCUCGAGCUGUUGCCUACUACGAUAUCGGUGCUGCCGACAAUGUCAGCAACAACCCUAUACCCCAACACCGUCGCUCUUCUGUAACGGAGCACAUAGUCUCGCCAUCUGUACGAACGUCGACUUACAGGUCGUCUGGUUCGCGAGACACGGGUCCUGGAAAGAUCUACAGUUCUUCUCCGCUGACCCGCUCCUUUAACUGGCAACAAGGAGACCGUCAAGGUGAGGAUGCCAAUGGCGCACACGCUGCCAAUGGCGUGGAAGGGACAGAGUCGACUGCUUCCAACACGGCGCCAUCGACUGUGUGGGACGAGCUGGACGAUCUCAAGUCGCGUAUUCACCGCCUAGAACUGACAGGGAAGCUCCCUGCCACCUCAGGUGCUGCAGUCUCCAGGCUCACCGACGAGCGGCCACCCACAGCUGCCACGACAGCCACGACCGCUUCGUCCUCUCCCAAACGAUCCAGGGAAACCGGGCCUCAGAACAACAACGCCAGCGCCGCCGCCGCCGCCGCCGCCAACAAUGGCAAGGACAACGCCAGCGAGACACGCGGUAGCAUCAUGCCUGCCCAGAAAGAGGCAUACCCCAUUCUCGUCUCAGCACUAUCCAAGUCGAAGCCCUUCCUCCACCUGGAAAUAUUUCGCGCCCUCGAGUCCGCAGCCAACGACGCAAUGUCUUUAGCCUCCAUGAUGGGGCAGCCCGGCGAACCCGGCCCCAUAUCCAGCGGUGCAAGUGCCAUCGGCCCGGGUGGAGCCGUCGUCACUGACCGCCAGCUCCGCCGAAAGGCUGACAGCGUCUGCCGUAGUCUGACAGAGCUUUGCGUCGCGCUGGGUGAGGACUCGGCCCACACCCGACCUCAGACCCAAAAGGCGGCAAACACAGCUCCGUCUCAGAUCCAGACUCAGACUCAGGCUCAGACUCAAUCCCAGCCGCAGGUCCUCGCACCAAUCCAGACUCAGAGUUCGAGUCAAGGCCUCACACAGUACCAUCCGUCGACGUCGUCAUCACAGGCAGACGGGCCCUCGACACCCACCAUCCACAAAUCCUUUAGCGGCCUUCACUCCCGACGACCUAGCAUCUCGUCGGGACAGGGUCUCCGGGACCCUGUCAAGCAGCAGCUGGCCAGCCCACGAAGCGUCUCCAAGUUUGAGGAGAGGAGAAAUACCAUACUCAACGGGGGCGCCUUGCCCAGUCCCCGAACUGUGGUGGCCUCCACCCCAGCCACGCCGCAGGAUCCGACGGUCAGCCGCCGGUCGUCUCUCCUCAUUGCCAGAACACGCCGGGCAGUGACAGAGGAGCCCGAGGACGCCACUGGUAGGAAGUCAUCCCUUCUCAGGACCCGGCGCGCAGGCACCGAGGAGCCCGAGGAAGAGCGCCAGACGGCGAUCCGACGGGCAAGGCGAGGCACCACGGGCGAGGGGGAUGACGAGGCCGCGACUGCGGCUGCCGCCGCCUCAAACUUCCGUGCUCUGUCCCGCGCCUUCACCGAAGUGAACGCAACACGAGGCCAGCCGCGAGAAUACACCGAGGUGGCGGCGUCGGCGAGGGGCCCUACUCGCGAGUACAGCACCGUCUCGACAACACGUGACUACGCCUCACACCGGUAUCAGGAGCCACUGUCUCCGACUUCGACGGAGCAGCCUGAUCCUAACGUGCCAUCUACUCUACCUCGCCGACGAUUCGUCUCAUCUCACGCGACCAAUGCGCGACUGAGUGCUGCCAGUACGCCAGCACCGGGAGCCACGUCGAGCAGCGCGCUACCCACGAGGAAGAAUGCCGGACCACCACCCACGUCCAUGACCACGGUGCCCAAGGAACGGGACCACACAGCACCUCCUACGUCCCGGUACGCAUCCCUGGGACAGACGCUAUUCCCCGGGCGGACGGGCAAUCUCAGCACGAGACGGUACAACCGAGACAGCAGCAUAGGUACGGGUACCACUGUUGCUUACAAUCGGUAG